AUGUUCACCGACAAAGACAAGGUGGACAAGUCCCGAUAUUGCGCCUAUCACAAGGCGCAUGGACAUAACACAGAUCAAUGCCGUAACUUGAUCGCGGCGCUGCUCAAGUUGAUAGACGACCCACAAGUCAAAAAGUUCACUCACCCUGGCGAGAAGAGGAAGAAAGGAGGCCGCUUCGGAGACGGCCUCGAUAGUGAUGAAGAUGCCGACAUGAACCCCCGGAGGAAAAAGCCACAGCAAGGCGCGCCCAAUGAAAUCCUAAUGUUCAGCCCGACCCAUCAAGGUGAGUCCGGCACCUUCGCGGGAAGAAAGAGAGAUCGAUCCCCACGACCGGGCACCGACCAGACUGAUUUUUCACCCCGGCGCGUGAACACGAGCCGGGGAGAAUCCCUCCUUUCGAGGAGGCAGACGAAGGCCUACGCCCGACAGGCUUAUUACGCCGGACAGAGGGUGAUGCACGCUGGAAGCAGACCGGCAGCGGAGCCGACGCCCAACAAAAUAUCCUUCACUGAUGAGGAUGCAUUCCUGUUCGACCACCCCCACUCGGACGCCCUAGUGAUCACGACCCCGAUCAUGGCGAUUAAAAUCCACCGAAUAAUGGUCGACACCGGGGCCUAUGCGAGCAUCUUGUAUUAUAACACGUUCAAGAAGAUGGGGAUUGACAGGAAGGAAGUGCAACCCUGCCGGGAACGGAUCCAAGGGUUCAACGGCCAGAUGACAACCCCCGUUGGUCAGUGGACUGCCCAAGCGAGUACAAUGCCAUCUUGGGCAGGACAGCCCUCUACAAGCUGA